AUGCCUAGGAGAGCGAGAGCAUCAAGACGGGACGAAGAGGAAGAGGAAGAAAAUUUUGAGGAGCAAGUUAUGGAUGUAGAUGAAGCAGACGAUGAUGAUGCUCCACGGGAGAGAGGAACAAAACCCGGUCGCAAAGGUGGUGGCGCAGGAAGUGUUCUAGGACCAGCGGAGAUCGAAAGAAAAGCCGACGAGCUCUGCCGACUGGCUCUCUUCACCGAGUACCGCAGACAAAUCCUCAAGCGAGAAGAUAUCAACAAGCAGGUCAUGGGAGGGAACAGCAAGUCAUUUCCUGAAGUCCUAGCGCGAGCGAAUAGACGUCUAAAGGCGGCACUCGGCUACGAAAUCGUCGAACUCGUGCCGAAAGCGGAGAGAGAAAAGAACUUGCUUGGAGCUGUGGCUAGAGGAGACGAUGAUGUGAGGAAGAAAGCGUCUACAAAACAAUAUAUAGUUCGGAGCAUCCUAGAACCUGAACUCAUUCAACUCGCGUGCAUGCCAGAUCGAGAAAUACAGGAACAGGAGGAAGAGGAUUUAAUAAUAGAGAAUGCGCGACCGAGUGGGAGCAUUCUCGCGUGGCAAACCUCUGAUCAGGUUCCUGCAUACGGGGUUCUAUGCGUCAUUCUGUCGCUUAUCCUGGUCAACGGCAAGACCCUUCCGGAACGUAACGAGGUUACGGUCUUAUCUCAAAAGCUCCGACUUUUGGGUUCAACCGGGAUUGAAGUCGGUAUCUCGACAGCAGCCAAGACGAUUCCACUGGACACCUACCUCACGACCCUCAUCAGGCAAGGAUAUCUGGACCGAGUAAGAGUCGGGAAUACCACCGGUCAAAAAACGGCCAAGCGAGGUCGUAGCGGCGUCAGCAAAGAGAAUCCAGAAGAGGCAGCAGACUUUGAAUGGCGGUGGGGUGAACGAGCUCAUGCCGAAAUCUCAGAAGAGAGUUCUCGAGACUUUAUUGUCUCCUUCAUGACGGAGAGAUCCCAGUCGGAAGAUAACGGGGAAAGUGAGCAAGUAAAGAAGGCCAGACUUGAGAAGAUCGAGAAGCAGUUUAGAAGAGGCGUAGAAAGGGCAGCGCAGACACCUCUUACGGGUAUCACAUCCAACGAAGCUCCGCAGGACCUAGUGUAA